AGUUCUUGCUUUUUUAGUAGAUUCUGAGAUGCCGAGUCGGCGGGUACACUUAUCGAAAUCUCAAGAUUCUUUUCAAUCCCGCUCAUUCGCUGGCUCUGUACCGAAAAAGUUUUCCGGCCUAAAAGGGUGAAGUUUUAAGGGAAGAAAGAUCUUGUUUUGCGGUCGCAUUGUUGUUAGGAGAUAGGUGUGAAAUCUUACGUGACUCAUUAGCAUAUGAUUAGCCAAAUUUAUAGGAUUUAAUUGUUAAUUCUGACAGCAAAACAGUUAAAUUGUGAUUUGUGAUAAGUAAUUUUGUGCUGAUAGUGGUUGGAUAGUUGUUAUUAUAAAUAUAUGCUAGUGGUUUUAAUGGCAGCUACAAAUAAAGAUGGCACAUUUUCUUUAAACAUUAAAGAAAACUAAAUAUCGCUCAACAUGAGGAGUAUUCCAUUAGUAGUUAUUUUGGUGACGUGCUGUUUACCAAUAUGUUCCUUACAAAACAAUCACACAUAUGAUGAAGAAGUUCCUAACGACUUAUCUCUGAUCUCUUCCGAUGACUCAGACCAGGCUUUAUCUGCACAGCUAGAGGAAGCAAACGACAUAUCUGAAGGUUGGUCCAGUUGGUCUGAAUGGUCUCCUUGCUCAAGAUCUUGUGACGGCGGUGUAAGUCACCAAUUACGGACAUGCACAGUCGGAAAAUGCAGAGGGAAUCAUGUGAGACACCGAAUAUGUAAUAUGCAGCCAUGUCCAGACUCGCACGAAUUUAGAGAAGAUCAAUGCGCUGCCUAUAACACAAUUCCACUAAAUGGGUUGCUCUACGAGUGGGUACCGCAUUACACUGACGAUGGUCCUUGUGCUCUAACUUGUAAGGGAAAACCAAUCGAUCAAGAGGAAGCUGAUGAGGACUUUGUGAUGAUAGUCGAAACUUUAUCGAAGAGAGUUCGAGACGGUACCAGAUGUCGUCCGGGUAGUUUAGAUAUGUGCAUUGAAGGAAAAUGUCAGAGAGUUGGAUGUGAUCUACAAAUUGGAUCGGAAAAACAAGUUGAUGCCUGCGGUGUAUGUGGAGGAGAUGGGUCGUCAUGUUCCAAACCACUAUACUACUGGACAUUAACAUAUACAUCAUUAUGCUCAGCUACUUGCGGAGGAGGAUACAAAAUGUCACGUCCAUUGUGCCAGAAUCGACUGACAGGCGAUGAAGUCGAAGAGAAGCUUUGCAACGAAUCGCAGAAGCCUGAUUCCAACGUCGUGGAAUGUAACACGCAUAACUGUCCGCCAAAAUGGCAUGCAAGCGAGUGGGGAGCAUGUUCGGUUAGUUGUGGUGGUGGCGUAAAACUUCGUCAAGUCCAUUGCGUCGAAGAGACAAACAAUACGAAGAUAAUGGUGGAGGACAUCAAAUGUGGCGGACAUAAACCCUGGUUUCAGGAGGCCUGCAAUCAAAUGGAUUGCCCGAGUUGGAUAGUGGGGAAAUGGUCGGGGUGUUCUGUGUCUUGCGGGGAAGGAGUUCAAGUCAGAAAUAUAGAAUGUAGAGACGACGAUGAUAAAUUUAGCAACCUAUGCCCAUUGGAAACGAAACCUUUGAGCACCAAACCCUGCUCCACCGGUAUCCAAUGUCCCUUUACUGUCGAAACCAGUGAGGAACUACUGCCUGGACUGUACCAUACGCAGCCCCUGGUGCAACCAUAUCCUCCACCCCCAAUUCCCGAGAGGCUCAUUGGGGAGCAAAUCGUACCAUCAGAAAGCACGUUUAUUCCCGACGAAUGGGGACCUUGCAGCGUAACGUGCGGCGAAGGCAUACGGAAGAGGGAAGUACAUUGUAAAAUAUUUUUGGAAUUUUCCAGAACUAUAGCGAAACUUCCAGAUAAACAGUGUACUGGACCCAAACCUACAGAGUCAGAGCCUUGUUAUAUGGAGCCUUGCGUUUCCGAAAAAAUCGGAAUGGAUGUUAAGGAUGAUCCCUACAGUAGAGCCGAUAUCAAAGUCGUUCCAGGAUCCCCAGCUAAGUCGUACUCUUGGAAGGAACAAGGCUUUACACAUUGUAGCGCAACAUGUCUUGGAGGCAUACAAGAACUAAUAGUAAACUGUGUUAGAGAUGACACACUAAAAGUAACAUCUCCUUAUAUGUGCCCUAUAGAAUUAAAACCAGAAAUUAGAGUACAAACAUGCAACGACCAUCCUUGUCCUCCUAGAUGGAACUAUUCAGAAUUUUCACCAUGCUCUCAAAGCUGUGGCAUUGGUAUUCAAACUAGAGAAGUAAAUUGUAUACAUGAAGUGACCCAAGGAGGGGGUAAUACACUUAUAGUGCCGAACAAUAUGUGUCCUCAGCCGCCACCACCAGACAGACAAUAUUGUAAUGUCUUAGACUGUCCUGUUCGGUGGAAGGUUGGUGAGUGGUCCAGGUGCUCAAAAAGUUGUGGCGGAGGAAGCAAAAUUCGAAAGGUUGAAUGUAAACAAGUAAUGGCACAAAACCAUACGGUUGACCGGAUACCCUCAAUGUGCCCAGUUCCUAAACCUGCAGAAUCCAAGCCUUGUAAUACAAAAAGUUGUAUUGUAGAGAGUGACAAGCCGCACAUCGAUGUAUCAAACAGUACAUUUAUUCAACACGAUCCUAAAAAGAAGAAGAUUUCUUUAAAAGUUGGUGGAGCGGCUACUGUAUUUCUAGGCACCACUAUAAAAAUUAAAUGUCCAGUGAAGAGAUUUGACAGAACGAAAAUAGAGUGGAUGAAAGACAAAAAUUUUCUUCCCAAAAAUAAAAAGUAUAAAACGUCAAAGAAAGGAGCUUUGAGGGUUUCUAACCUUACUUUAAGAGACAGUGGAUUAUACACAUGCUUAGCGGCAAAAUCCACAGCGAAUAUACAUAUAUCUGUAAGGCCAAAGCCUGGUGAGUUUCCUACUUCAGAAGAAAUUCAAAAGCAAGGGUUCAAGACUGAUAAAGUAGAUUUGUCGUCGGAUGCACAUGCGAAUAGGGAAGAUGGUAGUCCUAUAUUUAGUGACGAGCAUUCUCAUGAACAAAGGCCAGAUAGGGCCAGGAAGAAGCCGAGUUCCAAGUUGUUUACACCAACAUUGCCUUCACUGAGGUUGGAUUCCAACUACAACGAACAGCUGCAAAGUACGCAUGAUAAAAGUGGGGAGAAGCUAUUAUGGCCUUUCCAGGCAUUCAGCAAUUCUCGAGGCCACCGAAUGAUCGACUUUCCUGGGGAUCAUCCGAACCAUGACAGUCCACCAUUCUUCACCGAAGAUUCUCUCGAGGAAGUUGAAGAAGAAACACCCAGCGAUGAAAAUGACGAGGAUCAUAUAGUAGUUCUAGGAAAAGGCAAGAAAGAAAAUUUGGAAUUCGAUUGGACUACUGGGCCUUGGUCAAGAUGUACCGAAACUUGCGGAGGAAGUGGAAUUCAACAAAGAAAAAUCAGCUGCAUAGUGAGGUUAUACAAUGCUACUCAGCCCGUUGAUGAUAUACUCUGUGACGACGCUGGUUUGGAAAUGCCACCGUCGAAAAGAAAGUGUGGAUUCGAUCAAUGCCCCGAAUGGACCGUUCAUGACUGGAGUACUUGCGAAAAGUCCAAAUGUUUUGACUGGCACAAAGCACUUCAAAGGCGAGUUGUUCGUUGUGAAAUAGCUGCUAACUUAACACUAGAUCCAGCUAAAUGCGAGGUAGAUAAAAGGCCAAUCGACAAACAAGAGUGCAUUAACCACAGAUGCGUAGGAAAAUGGAAAGUUGGACGUUGGUCAGAGUGCGCUGCAACGUGCGAAACAAAAGGGUUAAAAUAUAGAAUAAUUCAAUGUGUUUGGUACGGUACAAAAAAGCCAGCAGGGACUGCUUGCAAGGACAUUCCUAGACCACCAAUUAUGAAGCCUUGUAUUGGAGCGUCUUGUACAAAAACAGAACCAAUAUGUAAGGACCAUUCCAUGUUCUGCCCCAACGUCAAGAUGAUGAACAUGUGCAAGGUAAUGAGGUACCAGCAACAAUGUUGCCAAACUUGCAGACAUUGAACCAACUGGCAACGCUGCUUUUCGAAAACUACAAUAUUUGUGAAAUAUCCUUGAAAGAGACUUUUAUCUAAAUUAAUUUUAUUUUGUGAUUUUACCGUAAGGCACAAGCGCAAUUGAAAAGUAUAGACGAAGGGAAAGAUAUAUUUUAAUAAACGGUCCGUGUCAAAGCAUUAUGUUAUAAUAAAUGUUAUGGUUAAUAUGAAAUUAUUUAUUGAACAGAUCAUUGUUUGUAAAUUUAAAAUUUACUAGACAUGUUGUAAAAGGAAUUGCAGGGGUAGACGAAAAUAUGUAGGUACUAUUUCAUAUACAUAUACAUACUAAAGUGUUCCUGUAUAAAUAUAUUUUAUUCAAAAGUUAAAAUGUGAUUAUGUACAAAUUUAAAAUUGUUGAAACGUUGUUUUUGUUGAAUAAAAACUGCCGGUUUUUACACGUCAUCUAAUAAAUAGCUCAGAAGAUAAUCUGAUAGAUUCUGAAGAACAAAAUCGUUAGGUACUUUUGUUCUUUUUUCGCCAAAAGUAACAGUUAUGGAGUACUCAUUUAAAUAAUUAAAGUGGGACUCAAAGGGUAUUAACUUCGAGGGAAAUAUGUAACGUUCUGAUCGUAGAAAGACCGGGGCAUUAAGCAACACCACACUGCUGGGAGGAACGAGGGAAGGAUUUCCUCGAAUAUCCCUUAGGAUAUUCCAAAGAAAAACGUCCACCGUUCCAUCCAUUAGAAUGGUGCUCUGCCCGACUGCUCAGCCCUGGGUUCGUUUCCUGUUCAUUCUUCCCUCACUCCCAUCCCAGAAAGGUACAGGAAAUAAAAAGUUUACCAAAUCAUUUUAUAUACACUAUUUAUUCAGUAUUAUGUACACUAUUAUGUACAGGCAACCAAAUUAAUUUUCUGAAGCUGUGACCGAAACCCUGCUGGUCACCGGUAUAAAAAUUAUAAAUUUAAAAAAAGGUACUCAGCUUUAAGUCUUCUUGUCGGAGUCACACAGUUCUUAUGGGAGGUCUCCAAACUCUGUAGAACUUUCUAUUGCCCUCGGUAGUCGUGGGAAUUCUAGGGCUAUCUUGUUGAAGCCAUUCUUCUGAUGCAUCAGUAGAUCAGUAGUUGGAUCCAGGAUACUGUGGGCUGUUGCGUGAUGUCGCUGUCGCGUUCUGCUCUCCAAGAUAGUUUUCUCCAGCUACAGUUUGCUUCCCAUGUAGUGUUCGCCUGCAGCUUUAUUCCCAAGGUAAGAUUCGCCUUAUUCGCCAAGAUAAGAAAUCAGUAAAAAACUUAGGCUUAAAACUAAAUAGUCAAACUUACCCGUAUAUCUAACGACCUACACACAAACACAAUAAUAAUUUAUCAGAUAUUGUCUCUCAUUUACGUGGUAAUGGAAAAUCAGCCGGUACAAAUUUGUAUCGAUUUAAAUACCUUAAAAGAAUUGAAGAAAUUAAUUUGACGAUAGUAGGGUCGCUUGUAGAAAUAUAUAGUACGAGGGGCAAAUACCAAGCGGAGCUUGGUGUAGCGUUCAAUCGGCUGAUUGAAACGUUACAAAUAUAUUAAAUCAUCUCCGAUAUGCCGAUGACAUUGUUCUCAUAACAAAAGACUAACAACAGCAAGUAACACAGGGAGUUGGUUUAAUGAAAAACGAUAGAAAAAUAAAAAUUAUCACCAUUCUCGUCCCCAGCGAGCUAAUGAAAAUCGAGAAAUUACCCAUAGAAAUUUAACAAAAUAUAUGUGUUUGAGUUGUGAAAUAGGUAAACGAUAGACAACCAAACAUGCGAACUAAUCAGAAGAAUGAGUUUAGGUUGUGCUGCAUUCGGAAAAAUCAGAGACGUGUUUCAAACAAAUAUCCCAGAUCCAUUUAAAAAGGAGAGCUUUUAACCAGUGUGUUCUACCAGUCCUCAUAUACUGAGUAGAAUUCUUAACUCUCACAAAAACAUCAGCAGAAAAUUUGAGGAAAGACACAGCGAAAAAUAUGGAGAGAUCAAUGCUUGGAAUAAGAUUGAGAUAUAGUGUAAGAAACGAGGAAGAUUGUAGAUAUUAUCUAAUGUAUUACAAGGAAAAAAUGGAGAUGGGCGGACCAUGUUACAAGAUAAAAGACGACAGAUCGGCAUAAAAAUUGAUAGAGUGGAGACCAUGGGAAGAAGGCGAAGACUUCUUCUUCUUGCAGUACCGUCUCCUAUCGGAGGUUGGCUACCAUCACAGCAAUCUUAACUUUGUUGGCUGCAGCUCUGAACAACUGUAUUGAACUGCACCCAUACCACUCCCUUAAAUUUCGCAACCAGGAAAUCCUCCUACGUCCCACAUUUCUCUUUCCGGAGAUUUUUCCUUGGAUUAUGAGUCUUAGCAGAGAGUAAUUUUCUCCUCUCAUUAUGUGGCCUAGAUACUCCAGUUUUUUCGUUUGUAUGGUUUUUAUGACUUUGCAUUCCUUCCCCAUCUUCAGCAAAACAUCUUGAUUUGUUACUCUACUGGCGAAGACGGGGUAGAUCCCUAUCGCGAUGGCCGACGAUCUCAAAAGAAUUCUGACUGUAGGGGUGCAGAACAGAAGAAGAUGGAUAUAUCUGAAGGAGGCAUAUGUACAACAAUGAACAAAUCAGGAGUGAUUGAUGGUGAUGAUGAUGAACUCUCAAACGACUCGUCUAAUAAUUGUCUUACACGCAUAAACAUAUGGUUUAUCCGCACAAAAACAAUAUUUUUUUGUAAAAAUAAAUGUUCUUCCUUUAUUUUGAUUUUGUUAUCAUAUGUUGAAAAAACUAACUAGUGUAGGAAACAAAGGUUGAACCUUGCAAAAUGGACACAAGUCCGGUUUUAUUUUUUUUUCUGGUAUAUGAAGGGGUGCUUAUUAUAAGACUAACUUUUUCUGAAAAAAAUUCGCCCCGGAACCCCCCUUUUCACCCCUUUAAAGGGGGUAAUUUGUGGUUUUUGCGGAAUGUAGCCCUUCCUGUACCUUUUACAAUAAAUUUCUUUUAUAGAAAUAUGAAGAGGAUUAUAUUUUCUACGA